AAACAAAAGGCUACACGAAUCUUUUCUCUCUCCCCCCCCCCCCCUUGUUUCCUCUUUUUAGAUGGAAUGAUGAAUCCAUGCUUGUAGAGGUUUUUAAAAUUUGAUCAAUAUUUGAAGAAACAGUUUAUAAGAAUAAGAAGAAGAAGAGAGAUAUAUAUAUAUGGAGGUGGAGAAGAGAAUAAUGGUCAAUGGAGGCAUGAAACUACCAGUUGGAUACAGAUUUCACCCAACGGAGCAGGAGCUUAUCCUUCAUUACUUGCUCCCAAAGGCCCUCGCUUCUCCUUUGCCUUCUUCCAUCAUCCCUGUCUUUGACGAUUUCUUCUCUCAUCCUCUCACUUUUCCAGGGGAUCAAGAGGAGAGGCAGAGGUACUUCUUUUGCAAGAAGAAACAAGAAGUUUCAGGUAAUGCACACAGAAUCAAGACUUCAUCUGGUGAUGGUUAUUGGAAAGCUAUUAGGAAAGAAAGAGAAGUCAUUGCUCGUGGUAGAACAGUUGGGAUUAGAAGAACACUUGUUUUCUAUGGAACAAACAACUCUUCGGCUAACUGCAACAAAACCAGAUGGUGCAUGACAGAGUAUUCCCUUGCCGGUUUUGCAUCAACUAAAGUGUUUGGAGAAUGGGCAGUGUACAAAGUGUAUAAGAGGAAAGAAUCAAAAGGAAGAAGGCAGAGGAUAUCAGAAGGGAGAGAUCAUGAAGAAGAAGACUUGAAUUGCAUCCACUUUACUAUUGGGACUGAUCAUGAAACCUGUCCUCCACCGCCCUCUCCUCCUACCUCAGCUGAUGAGUCAGGGAGCAUUAUUUAGACGUUGUUCCUUAACCCUAACCUACUCCACUUACGUUUCUGUCACGUCUUGAUUCAUUUGUUAGAGAAACAAGUAAAAGGAGGCUAGAGGGGGGUCAAAUUUUAUCAGAAAGUGUUGUGUGAGUGGAGAUUUGUUGAACAAACCACAUAUAUGUCAAACUUCUUAACUUUUACUUGAAGUUGUUCUAACAUUAUCGGAGUUAAAAGUGACAUAGCCGUGUAAGAGGAAGUAAAGUUGAACUGAAAGGAAAAAGAUGUAUUCUUGGGUGAGAACUUGAUUCCCUUUCUUUUCAUAUAGAAUAAGAAUAUAUAUAAAGACUUGUUUUAUUUUAUCAA